GGGAAAACGACUCUUGUGGACUCUCUUGUGGCCAGCAAUGGAAUAAUCUCUCAGAGACAAGCUGGGAAGCUCCGCUACAUGGACUGCAGGGAAGACGAGCAGCUGCGAGGAAUCACAAUGAAGUCUUCGGCCAUUGCCCUCCACUACACAAACGGCGAGGAGGAGUUUCUGAUAAACCUGAUUGACUCACCGGGACAUGUUGACUUCUCCAGUGAGGUAUCCACUGCAGUGCGACUGUGUGACGGUGCCAUUGUUCUUGUCGAUGCUGUGGAGGGGGUGUGUCCACAGACUCACACCGUGUUACAGCAGGCCUGGCUGGAAGGGAUCAAGCCGUGUCUCGUGAUCAACAAGAUCGAUAGACUGAUCACUGAACUGCAGUACACACCAACAGAGGCAUACUACCGUCUCCAGGAUCUCCUAGAGCAGGUGGGUUUGGGUGUGGAGGAGACCCUCCAUUGGAAAUGCCUGAGUGAACUUCCUAGCUUCCUCCUGUUAGUUUUAUCAACUAGUACCAAAUACUCUUUAGUGAACCAAUUGGAGUGUGUGUGUUAUCUUUGGUUGAGCGACAUGGACUUGCUUCCUCGUUCUAGUUGAUAAUAUUUAGUGAACAGUUGUAGAGUAUGCAAACUUUGCGUGGCAAAGUUUCCACACAGGUUUUCUCCUAAUAUAGCCCACACCCAUGGUCUGUCUUUUCUCCCUCUCUCCCCCCUUUCCUUCCUCACUCACCUGAUGAGAGAGACUCCACUGCCUAUAAAGGUCCCGGUUUGAAAUGUGGGUGAACGCCAUAACAGGCGGACUCUUCACCUCAGAGCUCAUGGAAGCAGCUGCCAACUCCAAAGACAUUGGUUCAAGAGCUGACACCCAGGGCGAUAAGGAGGAGGAAGUGAUGUAUGACUGGAGUGACGGUCUUGAUGAGACUGAUGACUCAGCACUCUACUUCUCUCCUGAAGCAGGAAACGUCGUUUUCGCCUCUGCUCUCGACGGCUGGGGCUUUGGAGUGAGUCAUUUUGCUGAGCUGUAUUCCAAGAAGCUUGGGAUCAGGCAAGAGGUCUUGCAGAGGACCCUCUGGGGCAAUUUCUACCUCAAUUCUAAAGCCAAGAGAAUAUUCAGAGGAGCUACGGCCAAAGCUAAGAAGCCACUAUUUGUUCAGUUCGUUCUGGACAAUAUAUGGGCAGUCUAUGAUGCUGUGGUGCUGCAAAGAGACAAGACAAAGAUUGAGAAGAUUGUGGGUAGUCUGGGGCUAAAGAUCCCGGCUAGAGACUCCCGGCAUACCGACCCUCGCGUGCACCUUGCCGCCAUCUGCAGUCAGUGGCUCCCGCUGGCCCCCGCGGUCCUCGCCAUGGCAACCUCCCACCUCCCCUCCCCGCUCCAAUUGGAGCCCUCUCGAGUGGAGAGACUCAUGUGUUCAACUGCUCAGUCCUUCGACUCCUUCCCUGUCCAGACACAGCAACUCAGCAGAGAUUUCCUUGUAUGUAGUUCGUCAGAAGAUGCUCCAACCAUUGGAUUUGUGUCGAAGCUGUUCUGUGUUGACCACUCCAUGCUACCGCAGAACCAGAGCAGGCCUCUGACAAUGGAGGAGAUAGCCAAGAGAAGGGCAGCUGUGAAACAGAGGCUGAAAGAUCAGGAAAAUUUAUCUUCAACGGAGAAAUCACAGAAAGAAGGAGAAGAAGAUGGUGAGAAGAGGGAAGAAGAGGAGGAAAGGUCUGUGUUCUUGGCAUUUGCCAGGAUCUACAGCGGCACACUCCGCAGGGGGCAGGAGGUGUAUGUGCUGCAACCUCGCUACGACCCUCAGGAAAUGGACCUCGAUAAUCCCCGGCUUUGCCAAGAUGACCCAGCAGGUAGCUCCAGUCUUGGUCACGUAGGCCCCGGGAACGCCAAUGGAGUUGGAGCUGACGGAGGUGGGGGUGCAGAGAGGUACGCAACAAAGGUGAAAAUCACAGAGCUCUACAUUCUAAUGGGGAGAGGUGUGGUGCAAGUGGAGUCAGUUCCAGCUGGUAACGUCCUCGGAAUCGGCGGCCUCGACCAACACAUCUUGAAAUCAGCGACGGUCUCGACAUCCCUGGCCUGCCCCGCCUUCAGACCAAUGAGUUUCGCAGCUGCUCCGAUCCUGCGAGUUGCCGUGGAGCCGAACAACGCAAGCGAUACCGCCGCGCUCUCCCGAGGAAUGUCCCUUCUCAAUCAAGCCGACGCCAGCGUUGAGAUUUCUCUCCAAGCAACUGGUGAGUACAUUCUCUCUACCGCAGGCGAGGUGCACCUGCAGCGAUGUCUCGACGACCUACGGGACACGUUUGCAAAGGUGACCCUGAGCGUCUCGGCUCCGAUUGUCCCGUUUCGCGAGACCAUCAUCCCUCCACCGAAACUCGACACACUCAAUGAGGUCAUCUCGGAGGAAAACGUUGUCAAACUAGCGCCCGUGAAUCCUCUCUUGAGCGAGGGAGAGAGGGCAGAGGGUGAGAUUGUAACGGUCCAGACUCCCAACAAGGCCUGUACGCUACUCAUACAGGCAAAACCUCUGCCAGAAAGAGUCGUUGGUCUUCUUUCCAGUAGCACAGCUCUACUUAAGGCACUCUACCUCACUACCAGCUCCAGUGGCGGGAAGGGCCAAGUGCUCUUGAGCAGCGAAACUCUUGAAAAACUCAAGAAACUCCGUCGAGAUUUGGAGGAGGGUUUUUCGUCCGAAGAGAGCUGGUCGGAAUUCAGUGAUGAUUUUCUGGGUAGGAUUUGGGGGUUUGGGCCAAAGUCAACGGGAACCAAUGUUCUGUUGUGUGGGCUGUCGGAGUACAGGAGGGGCUCGGUGUGGAGGGGAGUGGAGGGAGGGAGAGAGGGACCUCAAGGGUACCAUCACAGCGUGGUGUACGGGUUUCAGCUGGCCUGUCAGGCUGGGCCACUCUGCGAGGAGCCUCUUCGCGGUGUCUGCUUCGUCCUGAGAGGUUGGAACUUUGCUGCCAGUGAAGGAGGAGAGACAACAGGGGACAAGUCUUUAUCUGAAGAUACAACUCCACCGGUAGUGAAGACGGUGGCAGGCAGCUACGGUCCUUUUUCCGGGCAGCUUAUUUCGACCGUGAAGGAAGGUUGUCGGCGAGCGUUUCAAGUGCAGCCGGCGAGACUAAUGUCAGCCAUGUACACGUGUAACAUCCUGGCGACAGCAGAGGUCCUGGGGAAGCUGUACGCCGUUCUCGGGCGGAGGAACGGGAGGGUGUGUGCGGAGGAGAUGAGGGAGGGCUCCACGGUGUUCAGUAUCCAGGCUCUGGUCCCCGUGGCUGAGAGUUUUGGGUUCGCAGAGGAGGUGAGGAAGAAGACGAGUGGAUUGGCCAGCCCUCAGCUCUUCUUCAGCCACUGGGAGGUGAUUCCAAAUGAUCCAUUUUGGGUCCCUUCAUCGGAAGAGGAGCUGCUUCAUUUCGGAGAGAAAGCAGACUCUGAAAAUCUGGCUCGCAGGUAUAUGAAUGCAGUAAGGAAGAGGAAAGGACUGGCAGUAGACGAAAAGUUGGUGGAGCACGGAGAGAAGCAGAGGACGUUGAAGAGAAAACAAAUAGCACAAUUAUUAUGCACCAAUCAUGUCUCAUUCCUCUGUCAUCAUCUGGUAUAUAUGUCUUCUCGGAUUCUGCCGUUUCUUGCACGCAUCUGCUGACAUUCCAUAGUCGUCA